UGAGUAUCCAAAGAUGUAAUGUUAGAGAGUUUUGAAUUGUGAUGUUUGAUACUUUAAGCAGUUGUUUGCAUCGGUGCGAAGUGGGUUUUGUGUGGUGGUGUGAAAGAAGCGGGCUGUGAAGAAGUGCAAAACUUUUGUAUUCAAACCACCGAAAUUCAAUUAGAGACCCAAAAUUGACAUUCCAGUCAAAAGCGAUAAUAUGAUGGAAGUCAACGGAGUUGGAAGCAAUAGCAGUGAUUACACUACUGAUGAUAGCUCAGAAAGCAUCAGUCCAGAUGAUGGAAGUUCAAGUCAAGACCAAACAACUGAAGAGAUACCCACCACAUCGGAUGAUGUGCAAAAUGAUUCAUACCAUCACAGUAGACGCGAAGAAUCAGUUUUAUUCAGUGAGAUUGAUAAAAUGCGUUUAGCAGACGUUGGCGUGAGUGACACUCCAAAUGGAACUGAUGGUGUUCCAGAUACUGAAGUGGACAGACAAUGUCACAAUCUCAAUGGGCAAGGCAGAAAUGCCUUCACACAUUUUACAUCUGAGUGGUCAUCCCUGUUGGAUAAAAUAGAGGACUCUGUUGAAAAAGUAUCAAAGAAUUAUGAAGGUUGGAGACCUGAAACUGUUGGUCAGAAAACUGGAAACAGUUAUUGGCAAUAUCAGACUGAUUACCUUAGUACUCCGGGAACCAGCAAAAGCUCUAUGCCUUUUAUGAGUGAAGAGCAGGCAGAUAAGUGGGCAAGUGCUCCAGAGUUCCAUCCAGCAUUCACAUCGAGGACGGGACGAGUUAAGACAUACGCUGAGGCAGUAGAUCCCUAUGCACCAAGGACACGAACAAAACUUGCUGCAGGUGUACAGUUCUGUCCAUAUUAUCAUGUAAACAGAGCUGAGUUGUAUCUUUGCCCUUAUCUGCAUGGUGAACUUUGCCAGAUCUGUCUUAAUACCAUACUAGAUUUUGAGGAUACUGAAGAGAAACGGGAGCACAUAAAGAGUUGUCUUGGAGAACAAGAAAAGAGGAUGAAAAUGUCCCUUGCCAUCCAGAAGUCCAAAGGGAUCACUUGCAACAUAUGCCUGGAACCUGUGAAAGAAAAGCCUGCAGGAGAAGCUCGUUUUGGUCUAUUACCAAACUGUAAUCACUGUUUUUGCAUCACGUGUAUACGAAAAUGGAGGCAGGAGACACGAUUUACAAGCCAAAUAACCAGAUCAUGUCCCAUAUGCCGAGUAGAGUCUCCAUUUGUAUGCCCUAGUUCUUUCUGGGUUGAAACUCCUGAGGAGAAAGCAGCAGUCAUAACUAACUACAAAAAAGCACUGAGGGUAAAACCAUGCCGACUGUACAAUUUUGGAAAAGGCAAAUGCCCAUUUGGGGAUAAAUGUUUCUACCUACAUACAUUGCCAGAUGGAACAAAACCAGACCAUCUCGAUUUUAGAAGACCAAAGCGUAUCAAUGCAGAAGGAUUGCCACAUUUUCAGGAUUAUGUUCUUUGGGACUUCAUUGCAAUGAGGGAUGACCCAGAAAAUUACCAGCCAUCAGUGCCCGCACAGUAUCCACAGAGCUUGGAUUCAUCGAGUACAGAAUCUGAUCUUUCAUACUGACAAGCAACGCCUUCUACUUUGUGCAGAUACCCCUGAUCUUGCUGUGCAAACAACUGUCCCGAAUUGGGUAUCUACGGAAGUGAUGCUGAUGUAUAGAAAGACCUGUGUCGUGAACAGAUCAAAGAAAUGCUAGAGUCAUAUAGAAAUACGGUAACAAACUGGAAAGUGGAGGGGAUGUUAUACCAUUUUCAUAGUUACAUGGCACUGCUGAUGGUUGCAUACAGUCCGUGAAAGCUGGGACAUUGAUGGGGCACGUGUUGACUGUGAUCUGUGUCAGUACAUGCACCUGUGCUGUGCUAAUACCUCAUAUAUUUUUCAUCCAAUUAUAUUAAUUUAAUAUGUUUGAAUUAAUGUCUUUCUCAUGUCCACUGCAAUGUAAUAAAAUAUGUAACUCAUAAAUGCAGUUUAAUGAGAUCUAUACCUAACAGAAUAGAAAGUGGUGAGGCAAGAGGAAAAUGCGAAAAAGCCAGGAAAUGUACAUGAGAAAAGAUAAAGUGGACGAGCGCAAAAUGAAGUGAAUGUAUGUUGUAGUAUUGCUAGAACCUGUGUAAAUUACAUAAAGUUCAGGCAGACUUGACCAAAAGAGGCUCCUUUCCGGGUAUAUUUUGGGUAACUUAUACUGCUUUAUUAAUCGAACUGGAAUUGUGUGUUAGAUUUGUUUCUGCUGUUAAGGUAUCUCAUAAACUAGAACUUCAGAUUAAUGUAAUCUAAAAUUCAGGUGAGAAAUUUAAAGAGUUUUCCCAGUCAUGAGAGAGGUGCCGUGGCAAUGAGACCAAACAAUAUGAACAGAGGUCAGUGAUCAUAGAGUUUAUAGGGCAGUUCCUGUGGGCUGUACUUUGUUUAAUUUACAAAUAUGGUUCAUAACAAUUUUUAUAAAGAAAGAGUGUCUGUAAUUCCCAAAAAUGUUUCUCAUGUUUUGAGAUUUUCAGGCAGGGCUGAACAAAACAAAUGCUGAUGCAGUUUUUUUUCACACGAAUAUCUAAGACUUUGCCACAAAUCUUACUGACCUCUUUUUUUGCUGGUGACAAUGUGGAGGAUAUUACAUUUGAGCACAGAUUUCAGUUUACAUUGUAACAAUGCUAAGCAGUAGUAGUAUGGUGCAAGGAGGCGGAUUUUUUUAUGUUCUGAUGAAAGGCAAAUUAACUGACAAAACAAGCUAUUAGAUCAAAAAAGUUCGAAUAUGCUACAUUAAAACGGAACUCACAGUGACAAUGUUAUCUGCACAUAGUUCAAAAUGUUGUAACAGAUUUGAUUGUACAAUUCUAGAAUGUGAUCAAAGUAUGAGUAGAUUGAUAAAAUAGUAGAAAUGUGAAUAUUAAGUGAAACAGCAAAAGUGCAUAGAUACAUCAUUGUUAUACUGGUUAAAGUUAACUAAUUUCUGAAAAUGCUUUGUAUGCUAGGAAAAAUAGCAAAUCAGUUAUUUUCUGCUUUUACUGUAAGAUCAAAAGUUGAUAUAGGAAAAAUGGUGAUUUGCUGAUGAGUUAUAUUCAGAAGCGAGCAGUUAGUAAUUCUGUGUAUAGGCACUGGAUCAAACAGUGAGAUUGCUAUUAAAGGUAACCAAGCAUUGAAAGUCGACAAUAUAGAGCAGGAUGAAGAUGAAGUACUCUUACAGGCUGUGGUGUAAAAUUAAGAAAAGUGGCAUCUGACAAUGAUAAAAUGUUGUUCACUAGAGAAACCCGAAAAAGAUUCCAAUCCCAAAUAUGAAGAUAAAACGGAAACAGCUCUCACUAAAUCCAUGUUAUUAGUAUGAAUUUUUACAGCAAUUAAUUCUCAUUUAGAGAGCUCUUGGCAUUUAGAGAGAGCAGUAGGUUGGAAUCAGUUGUUGAAAGUAGCUUAGUGGUUUGGCUACGCUCAUUGCUGAAGGUGAGAAGACUUUAAUUGUUGGCUGUAUUGAAAAAGGUUUAGAACAAUUUGAUGUGAAGAAAAGUAGUGCAGUGAAUCCACAAACUGCUUUCAUAGUGAGAGACAAGAAAUGUCUUCAAGAAUAUUUUCCUCCGUGAGAGAUAUCGCUUGCAAAAGCGACACUCAUGACAACUCAUUGAUGGUGACUGCUAGAUUCAAAGAUGAUUUAGGAACAAAUCUGAUUUGUGGUGUGAGAAAUAUGAAAGAGUUAAAGCGUAAUUCAAAAAGUUAUUGUGGAAAAGAAAGUAUGAAAAGCAGAUCAUGUGAGGAACUCCAGUGGCAAACUUAAUAAAGACUAAAAUAACAAAAGCACCAAAAACAUUGUUUGUUGUCGAAACAGGCAAGUGUGGUUCCAGCAGCCAUAAUAAGUCAAAUGAUUGCAAUUAGAACAACAGUGGCAAGAGAUGCAUCAACUGGAUCAAUUGAGACGCUAUGUAAACCUGUGACUGAAAAGAAGCAAAAUAUAAAAACAGUGAAUGAAUUUAAACAGUGCUGCUAAAAGCAUUAACUGUAGAGUCUUUGAAAAUGGUUGACUGUGUAACAAAAACAGGUGUAGGCACUCAUUGGCUGUGGAAGUCGAAACAGUGUUGUGGAAGGGGGAGGCCCUCCAGGCAGGGUUUGGAGGAAAUUUUAUUUCUUUGUGCCAUGUCUUUUAUGUGCUAUAAAGAUUGACAAUAAAUGGGGAGAAAGGGAAGUCCUGUAAAAGGAGGGGUCAGUAGAUAGUAUACACAUCCAAAGGCAACAAGUAAUCUUCAACUUUGUAAUGGGCAUGUGAGUGGUAAAAAUUAUAGAGGGAGAUCAAGAAUGGGUUAUGGCAAGCAGGUUCAGCUGACAGUAGGUCUCAGUACUUAUGCAGCGAUGAAGAGGCUUGCAUAGGAUAGACUAAAGUGGAGAACAGCAUCAGAUUAGUCCUUAGACUGAAGACCACAACAUAAAAAAUAUCUCAUCAGGUUUAACAUUUAGCUGGAAAAAAGUUAGUAAACAAAUUUAUAGUGUUCAUUUUUGUUUGUUGGGACAUACAGGUUGGUUUGAGUGCAUUUAUCUGUUAUGUUUUAUAUGAAAUUGUAGUACUUUUCUUGAAGUUAUGUAUUAACUGCAUAUUUGAAGGUUGAGACAGCCAUUUGUGGUGUUAUAUAGUGCUGCAAUAUUUGCGUUUCUGCCUUCCUUACUCUGAGCUUAUGUGGCAAUGCUUGUCUCAUGCCCUGAUGUCUUUUACAUUGGCAGUACACCUUGUUGACAUUCCUAUUAGCACACUGGCAUAGGACUAGCCUUCGGCUCUGAGGUCACCUGGUAGAGCUUAAGAAAAUGUAAACGUGGACAAUAAAAUUACUCUGCUGUGCAGCAGUAUUAAUGGAAGUGAAUUACAACUUUCAUCAUAAGGUUACCAUAAAGCAAAUACUAUCUGUAACAUGUUCCUGCCCGAAACAUAAUUUUAAAGAUUUCUUGUACUUUUAACAGCUAACCAGUCUGUCUACAUCCAGUCACAUUUCCUACUCGAGUAGUAUUACGGGACUACCACAGUGAAAAUUGUGCCAUGAAAGUAACCACAUAAGGAAAUCUAGUUAGCAAGUCAUUAAAGAUGUUCAAAAGUGUC